GGUGAAAUAGCGAAUCGCGGUCCUCUUCCACACCAGAGCAGCGAAGAUGGCGCAGGACGGCGCGGUGCCCAGCGAUCUCUACCAGCAUGUGUACUCGUUUCUCGUGGACAAUAAGUUCGCCAAAGCCGCGAAAGAGUUUUUAAAGCAGGCUAAAGUGAAACCUCAAGACCAAAAUGAGGAUAGUCUCGUGGACAUCUUCAGUUUCUGGGUGAAGUCUCCAGAAACUAAAAAGCGCAAAGCGGUCACCACCGGCCCUGCAGCAGUCAACGGCCCAUCAGCCAAGAAAGCGAAGAAAGAUGCAGAGAGUUCAAGUAGUGAGGAGUCCAGCAGCGAAGAGGAAGCUGCAGCACCUGCCAAGAAAGCCGUAAAAGCGAAAGCUCCUGCUCCAAAGAAGCCAGUAAGUGUAGCCGCUAAAAAGAGAAGCAGCUCUGAAGACUCCAGCGACUCGGAGGAUGAAGCUCCAGCUAAACCGGCGGCAAAGAAGCCUGUAGCUUUGAAACCUGCUGUUCAGCCUGCAGCUCCAGCCAGGAAGAAAGACACUAGUUCCAGCAGCGAGGAAUCAGACUCUGACGAGGAGCCGGCCAAAACCCCAGCCGCAGGAGCGAAGGCCAAGUCUGUGGCAGGAAAGCCUAAACCGGCAUCCACUCCAGUGUCUGCAGCUCAGAAGAAGCAGGACAGCAGCAGCAGCGAGGACAGCUCUAGUGAUUCUGAGGAAGAGGCUCCAGCUAAGACAGCAGUGAAAGCAGCAGUCCCGGUGAAGACCCCUCCAGCUAAACCCACAGCCCCUGCAGAAUCCAGCAGUGAGGAGUCAUCCUCAGAUGAGGACGAUGCACCACCUACUAAGAAAACCAAGAUUGGACAAUUCAGUGCUGUGCCACCUCCUAAAUCGCUGACUGCUGCAGCUAAAGCCCCUGCUGCUCCGGUUAAGACUGCGACUCCCAAAGCUAGUGCUAAGAACGACUCAUCCAGUUCCGACAGUUCAGAUUCAAGUUCAGAGGAUGAAGCAAAGAAACCAGCUGCCAAAGCUGCUCCGGCUAAAGCAGCCCCAGCUAAGACGGCAGCUAAAAAGGUUGCUCCUGCUAAGAAAAAGGACUCAAGUUCAGAUUCUUCAAGCUCAGACUCAGAGGACGAAGCAGCUAAAAAGCCAGCUGUUAAAGUCACACCGGCAAAAGCUGAAUCUACACCUGCAAAAGGCGCUAAAGCAACACCUGCUAAAGUCACUCCGGCUGCAGACGAGUCUUCAUCUUCGGGCUCAGAAGACUCUGACGAUGAGGAGGCCAAGAAACCGGCAGCUAAAGUUGUCCCAGUUAAACCUGCGCCAGCCAAGAAAAUGGAGGCUAAAGUCAAGCCUGCUGCAAAAGAAUCAUCAUCAUCAUCAUCUAGCUCUGAGUCCGAGGAAGACACACCAGCCGCAAAACCAACCCCAGCCAAAACUGCUCCUGCUAAAGCUGCUCCUCCAAAGACAACCCCUGCUAAGAAAGAUUCCUCGAGUUCAGAUUCAGACAGCUCUGAGGAUGAAGCACCUGCCAAAACGGCAGCCACGUCCAAGCCUUUGAGCACUCCUAAACCUGCAGCCAAGCCCGCUGAAUCCAGCUCUGAUUCGGACAGCUCUUCAGAUGAAGAACCUCAAAAGAAACCUGCCAGCACGCCGGUAUCCAAACCUGCUGCCCCAGCAAAGCCUGCACCUGCUGCAGCCAAACCAUCCGGUAAACCAGCAGAAAGCAGCUCGGACUCGGACAGCUCUUCAGAAGAUGAGGCACCACAAAAGAAAGCCGCCUCCACACCAGUAUCUAAACCUGCUGCCCAAGCUAAACCAGCUCCUGCAGCCAAACCGACCGGUAAACCAGCGGAAAGCAGCUCAGACUCAGACAGUUCUUCAGAAGAUGAGGAACCAAAAAAGAAAGCCGCCACCACACCGGUAUCUAAACCUGCUGCCAAAGCUAAACCAGCUCCUGCAGCCAAACCGACUGGUAAACCAGCGGAAAGCAGCUCAGACUCAGACAGUUCUUCAGAAGAUGAGGAACCAAAAAAGAAAGCCGCCACCACACCGGUAUCUAAACCUGCUGCCCAAGCUAAACCAGCUCCUGCAGCCAAACCAACCAGUAAACAAGCGGAAAGCAGCUCAGACUCAGACAGCUCUUCAGAAGAUGAGGAACCGCAAAAGAAAACCCCCGCCACACCCGUAUCCAAACCAGGUACCCCAAAAGCUAAACCUGCAGCUAAACCUGCUGACUCUGAAUCCGACAGCUCCGACUCCGAAGACGAGUCUCCAGCUGCAAAGAAAGCCAAACCAGCAGCGGCUGCUACUACUAAGAGCCCUGCCACCGCCUCCAAAGCACCGGCUCCAGCCAGUAAGAAAGCAGCUGAGUCCAGCAGCAGUGAUUCGGACAGUUCCAGUGAAGACGAGAAGAAGGUAAAAACUACUGUGACGCCCAAAGCAGCAGCAGCUAAGCCGGCCGUGACGCCAGUUAGCUCGAAGAAAGCCGAGAGCAGUAGCUCUGAAUCUGACAGUUCAGAGUCUGAGAGCGAGACUAAGAAGACUCCCGCCAAACCUGCAGUCACCAACGGAAAGGCUGCAACAAAGAAAACCCCCACCUCUGCAGCAAAGAAAGCAGAGUCUUCGUCCUCGAGUGACAGCAGUUCUGAUGAAGAAGAGUCGCCUAAAACCCCAGCCGUGAAGACGCCACCUGCGACUAAAGCACAGGCUGCUAAGGCCAAAGCAGAGAGCAGCUCGUCUGAGGACUCUUCAUCGGAGGAAGAGGAAACAACGGCCAAGACUCCUGCCACAACAAAUGGCAUAAAGAGCAAACAAAAAGGGAAAAAGGAAGAAGCAACACCCAAGAACACAAAAAUCGCAACCUCCACACCUCAGACUUUUCCCAGAACCAAACAGAAGGAAAGCAAUGCUCCUUUCCGUAGAGUAAGAGACGAGGAGAUUGAUGUGGACCCUCGCUUUGCAGACAAUUCAUUCGACGCGAAGAUGGGAGCCAACGGUGACUGGGGCCAGCAGGCCAACAACAUGCUUAAAUUUACUAGGGGCAAAUCUUUCCGGCAUGAGAAGACCAAGAAGAAGCGUGGCAGUUACAGAGGCGGUGCAAUCUCCACCUCAGUGAACUCCAUUAAGUUUGAAAGUGACUGAGAUCACAAACUAAGGAAUCUCUGAACUUUCCAUGUCUGUCCUGUGAUGCUAUAUCAACUCCAGCAAGCACUGUUCUCUAGCAAUCCCGUCUACCCUCUACUGCAGACAUGGGCCGGGAUUGACUGAAGAAAGCAGGAAUAGAGGGGGUUGAGGUGUACCUGUUUUUUGUUUUUCUUUUUACUCGCUCGUUUUCAUGCAGUUAAACACGGUGCUCACAUGGUGGCGCCAAUUCAUUGCGUUUAGCCAUUUUGAUUAGCUUGUAUGUAAAAUAUGGUUUUGGCUUCACUGUAAAAUCUUAAAGCUGGCUUGACGAAUUAUGGACGGUUCUAACAGGUAAUUGUUAAUAUACUAGAAGUGGAAUUUUCUUUUUAUUAUCAUUGUCAAAGAAAUAUCAUUAUGGUUUUGUUAACAUUAUGAGCCUAUCCAUGUAUCUUGAGCCUGGUGACUUGUCUGAUUUGAAGAAGCUAUGUAGUUAAUGACUCCGCCCACUUCUGUUUGACAGACACUGUAAGACCUCCCUUAAAAUAACGAGUGAAUCAUCCUCAUUCAGUUUUAGUUUUAAUCUUUUAUGGUUUCAUAUCUAUGUUACGUGAGAUUUUGUAAUUUGAUCUCCUUUAUGAUCAGUCUAAUAUAACUGUAAUUAAAACUCGGACUGAAACGCAACUGUUUGUCUGUUUUUAAUUAAAUUUGCUCUGUCAAAAGCC